CUCACUCGUUUACCCUCCCCUGUUCCAUACUUCCCCUAGCCCUCAGUUUUUCAUCUGUUAAAUGGGCCAAGUCAGAUUCUCUCUCCAAUUACACACAAGCAGUGUCUCCUGGCCCUGCUCCGAUUUUUUUCAGGGGCUUUGCUCCUGCAGUUGCACCUUUCUCUCCCGCAUCAUCUCUACAGGAUUGCUCUCACAACUGCCACAAGCUCUGCUGUUGCCCAUGCCUUUAAAGUACCUUGUCUUGACCAGGGUCAUCACGUGGUACCAAUCCUGAGGAUGCCAUGUAGGUACACACGGUGUGAAGAAUGAAGCCUGGAGUUGUACACCCUGGUGGCCCAGCCUUGGCCUCACUUGCCCCACAGUGAUGACCUCAUUUCUCUGUUUUCCUUCAUUUCUCUUUCGUGUUUUUCUAGAGUUCUUCACACUUGCUGUUUCCCUUCCCCUUUUCUUCCCACACCCCUACUACACCCUGGCUUCACCUCCACCUCGCCUGGUCAACUUGCCUGGUCAAUUCACCGGUGACCUCCAUGUGGUCACACUCAGUGGUCACUUCCCAGUCCUCAUCUUGCUCCAUCUCUCAGCAGCAUUCGGUGCCACCGGCCACUCCUUCCUUCGGCUUCUGGGACACCUCCCUCGCCUGGCUGCCUCUCUGGCUGGGUUCUGUCUCCUUAGCUGACUCUGCUUCCUCUAACUGAUAUCUAAAGUUUAGGAUAUCCCAGGGCUCUGUCCGGGGCCCUCUUCUCUCUCAACAUUUCUUUCCCAUGAGAUCUUUGUCUAAGUACUAUCCAUAUUCUGAUGACUUGCAAAUGUCCAGACCUCAUCCCCAAGCUCCAGAUUCAUAUAUUCAGAGCUGCCAAUUCAAUCUCUCUACUCAGAUGUCUGAUGGGUGUCUCGGAUUAAACAGGUCUGAAACCAACUCCUGAUGGUACCACCAUUUACCCACUUGCUCAGCCCCGUACCCAGGAGCCGUCCUUAAUUUAAUUCCUCCUUGUUCCCAUCUCCUAUCUCGAACCCUUCAGCAAGACCCUUUUCCCAGAAAGUAUCUUGAAUCAAUCCACUUCUCACUACCUCCACUGCCACAGCCGGGUGUGACCCAGUGUCACGGCUCACCUGGGCUAGUGCAGCAACUUCCUGUGCUCUUGCACUCUCAUCUCUACACUGCCGCUGGAGGGCUCUUUUUGGCCAUAGGUCUGACUGUCACUCCUGCUCCAAACCCUCCAAUGGCCUCCCAGCACACUCAGAAUGAAAUACACACAGAUGCUCUGCUCUGGCCUGUCAGACUGCAUUCUCCAACUUCCGUUGAUUACUCUUACCUUUGUUCACAGGACUCCUCUCUACACUUGCUCACACCAAGCUCUUUCCCUCUUCAGAGCCUUGAUGCUGAUGUUCCUCCUGCUUGGAACUCUCUCUGCAAUUUCCUUGCACAGCUGGCUGCUUCUCAUCUUUCAGGACUCAGCUCGGAUGUCACUGCUUCAGAAAGCUCUCUGCCGACCACCUCUCUACAAGCAGCCCCAAGCCCUCCCAGCCUCCCUUGACACUAUCAUGCUGGCUGAUGUCUUCCAUGACUGCACCAUCUUGGUUUUAAGUACUGUUGCUUAUCUGUUUCCUUUAAGAGUGUAAACUCCAUGAAGGCAGGAACCAUUUUUGUUGUGUUCACUGUUGUAUGCUGUAUGGUUUGCUCAAGUCUCUGGCACAAAGUAAAUGCUCAGUUGGAUACUCAUUAGUUGAAUGAGUAAAGGAACAAAUGGGUUUGCUUCACCAGUAAGGUAGAGAGCUGUGAGGCUUCUCAGAUUCUCUCUUCCAUUCUCCCAACUCCUUUCUUUCCCCUCUCCCCUCCCUAAGUCCCAGGGAGUGGGCUCCUACUGCUCUGGGCCACAGGGGGAUGCAAGGUAUUGUUUGGCUACUGUGCUGUCCUGUCCUUUCUGUCCUUGCUCCCGCCCUACUCCCCCAAGUUCACCUUGGGCCAAGGAGAAGUUUCCCUGCCUGAGCAGCCCAGGAUUCAAAGGGGAAUGGGGGAGCCCGUAUUGGGCUCUUGGCAGCCACCUGGGGUCUUGGGCCUGCUAUCUCCCAUAGACCUGCCUCCCUGACUGACAGAAUUCUUGGUUCCAGCUCAGCCCUCUAGGCCUCUCCCAGACCUUUCCCUGAACUCCCUGGGCACCCUCCUUUACUCCUGACUUUUUCUCCUUCUGCUUUGCCUCUUGUCUUCCUGCUCCCCCUCCUUCCUGGCUGUUCCCUUCCAGCUCAAGGGCCGCUGAGGCUGAGUUUGUGAUAUACCACUGCACUCAUCUUUGCUUCUCUCUGCCAUACAGAAGGUUCGUUUCCCCUGGAUAUUGGCUCUGUGAAGAAAAACCACGGUUUUCUGGACGAGGACUCUUUGGGGGCCCUGUGUAGGAGGCUGAUGACCUUGAAUAAUUGUGCCUCGAUGAAACUGGAGGUUCAUUUUCAAAGCAAGCAGAAUGAAGACUCAGAAGAGGAAGAGCAGUGUACCAUCAGUAGCCACUGGGCCUUCCAGCAGGAAAGGAAGUGCUGGUCUCCUAUGGGGUCCUCUGAUCUGUUGGCCCCACCGAGCCCUGGCCUGCCAGUGACCUCAAGCUGUGAGAGCGUCCUCACUGAGCUUAGCGCCACCUCUCUGCCAGUCAUCACCGUGAGCCUACCACCUGAGCCAGCAGACUUGCCCUUGCCAGGCCGUGCCCCCAGCUCAAGUGACCGGCCCCUCCUCAGCCCCACCCAGGGCCAGGAGGGUCCCCAGGACAAAGCCAAGAAGCGCCAUCGUAACCGUAGCUUCCUCAAGCACCUUGAGUCUCUGAGGCGGAAAGAAAAGAGUGGCAGCCAGCAAGCAGAGCCCGAGAGUAGUCCAGCCACCUCAGAGAAGGUCUCCAAAGCCUCAUCAUUCCGCAGUUGUCGUGGCUUCCUCUCAGCCGGAUUUUACAGGGCCAAGAACUGGGCCGCCACCUCAGCCGGUGGCAGUGGUGCCAACACUCGGAAGGCCUGGGAGGCCUGGCCUGUGGCCUCAUUCCGGCAUCCUCAGCGGACACACCGGGGUGAUUGCCUGGUGCACGUGCCUGGAGACCACAAACCAGGCACAUUCCCUCGCUCCCUGUCCAUUGAGAGCCUGUGUCCUGAGGACGGACACCGCCUGGCAGACUGGCAGCCAGGUAGGCGGUGGGGCUGUGAGGGGCGCCGGGGCUCCUGUGGCUCAACGGGCAGCCAUGCCAGCACGUAUGACAACUUGCCUGAGCUGUACCCGGCUGAGCCUGUAAUGGUUGGGGCCGAGGCUGAAGAUGAAGAUGAUGAGGAGAGUGGGGGCAGCUAUGCUCACCUAGAUGACAUCCUCCAGCACGUGUGGGGGCUACAGCAACGAGUAGAGCUGUGGUCUCGGGCCAUGUACCCAGACCUGGGACCUGGAGAUGAGGAAGAGGAGGAGGCCGCUUCAUCAGUAGAAAUAGCCACAGUUGAGGUCAAAUGCCAAGCUGAGGCUCUCAGCCAGAUGGAGAUUCCGGCCCAUGGAGAGUCCCCAGCCUGGGCCCAGGCUGAAGUCCAGCCAGCAGUCCUGGCUGCGGCUCAGGCUUCAGCUGAGGCUGAGCCAUUGGCACAAGAAGAGGCUGAGGCCCCGGUCCCAGCCCCGGCCCCGGCCCCAGCCCAGGACAGUAAGCAGGAGGCACAAUCAGGCGGGGAACCCACCUUUGCCUCUAGCCUGUCUGUGGAAGAAGGACACUCCAUUUCUGACACUGUGGCCUCCUCCAGCGAACUUGACAGUAGUGGGAACUCCAUGAAUGAGGCUGAGGCUGCGGGGCCCCUGGCGGGACUCCAGGCAUCAAUGCCCCGUGAACGGCGCGAUUCAGGUGUUGGGGCCUCACUUACCAGACCCUGCAGAUUUAGCCAAACCUGCUCCUCUGGGCUUCUCCACCCCUCUCACCGCCCCCCCACCAGGAAGCUCCGCUGGCAUAGCUUCCAGAACUCCCAUCGGCCCAGCCUCAACUCAGAGUCGCUGGAGAUCAACCGGCAGUUUGCAGGCCAGAUCAACCUCCUGCACAAGGGCUCGCUGCUGCGGCUUACCGCCUUCAUGGAGAAGUACACUGUGCCCCACAAGCAGGGCUGGGUCUGGUCAAUGCCCAAGUUCAUGAGGAGGAACAAGACCCCAGAUUACCGGGGACAGCACGUAUUUGGGGUGCCACCCCUCAUCCACGUGCAGCGCACGGGCCAGCCACUGCCACAGAGCAUUCAGCAAGCCAUGCGCUACUUGCGCAGCCAGUGCCUGGACCAAGUAGGCAUCUUCCGCAAGUCUGGGGUCAAGUCCAGGAUCCAGAACCUGCGUCAAAUGAAUGAGACCUCGCCUGACAACGUGUGCUAUGAGGGCCAGUCAGCCUACGACGUGGCUGACCUGCUAAAGCAGUAUUUCCGGGACCUGCCUGAGCCCAUCUUCACCAGCAAGCUCACCACCACUUUCCUCCAGAUCUACCAGCUCCUCCCCAAAGAUCAGUGGUUGGCAGCAGCACAAGCCGCCACCUUGCUGCUCCCCGAUGAGAACCGAGAGGUGCUACAGACCCUGCUCUACUUCUUAAGUGACAUUGCCUCUGCCGAGGAAAACCAGAUGACAGCAGGCAACCUGGCAGUGUGCCUGGCGCCCUCCAUCUUCCACCUUAAUGUCUCUAAGAAGGAUAGUCCCUCUCCCAGGAUCAAGAGCAAACGCAGCCUCAUUGGCAGGCCAGGCCCUAGGGACCUGAGUGACAACAUGGCAGCCACCCAGGGCCUGUCGCACAUGAUCAGUGACUGCAAGAAACUUUUCCAGGUGCCCCAGGACAUGGUGUUGCAGCUGUGCAGCUCCUACAGUGCAGCUGAGCUCAGCCCUCCCGGCCCAGCCCUGGCUGAGCUGCGUCAGGCCCACGCUGCGGGGGUAAGCCUGAGCCUCUACAUGGAAGAGAGUGUCCAGGACCUGCUGCGUGAUGCUGCUGAGCGCUUCAAGGGCUGGAUGAGCGUGCCAGGGCCCCAGCACACGGAGCUGGCUUGCAGGAAGGCACCGGACGGGCACCCCCUGCGGCUAUGGAAGGUGUCCACAGAGGUGGCAGCCCCCCCAGCGGUGGUGCUGCAUCGUGUUCUCCGGGAGCGGGCCCUCUGGGAUGAGGAUCUGCUGCGGGCGCAGGUGCUGGAAGCCCUGAUGCCGGGUGUGGAGCUGUACCACUAUGUCACCGACAGCAUGGCACCCCAUCCCUGCCGCGACUUUGUGGUGCUUCGGAUGUGGCGCUCUGACCUGCCUCGUGGGGGUUGCCUGCUUGUCUCCCAGUCCCUGGAUCCUGAGCAACCUGUGCCAGAGUCGGGUGUGCGGGCCCUCAUGCUCACGUCCCAGUACCUCAUGGAGCCUUGCGGCUUGGGCCGCUCUCGGCUCACACACAUCUGCCGGGCUGACCUCAGGGGCCGUUCUCCUGACUGGUACAACAAAGUCUUUGGGCACCUGUGUGCCAUGGAAGUGGCAAAGAUCCGGGACUCCUUCCCCACCCUGCAGACAGCGGGCCCUGAGACAAAGCUGUGAGCUUUGGGCUGGUCCCAGGGUGGCACCACCCAGGCCCCCUGGGCACCAAGGGAUCGAGGGAGAAUAAGAGCAGAGCAGCCCCCUGGGUGCCGCUGUCAGGAGCAGAGCCAGGCCCAGGUGGCUCCAGCUGCCUGUCCUGUCCCCAUUCCUAAAGCUCCUCUGCACAUAGAGGGGAGAAAAAGAGAAUUUAGGCAACUCCACUCCCCCUUCACCCCCAACCCUGUAUUCUACUCUCCUGAAAAGAGAAGAGAAUCGCAUGAGUAGCAAGACUGCUGCCACCAGCCACCUGCCUGUGAGGCCGCCACUUGGCCUGAAGCCUCCACAGCUCCCCGCCUGCAGGGGCAAAGAGGUCGACAGCAGUGUGUGAUCCCAGCUCUCUGCCAGACUGAGAGGGCAAGCCGUCUUGUUUGCUGCAAGGAUGCUUUUGAGGUUGGACAGGAGGUUCUGGUCCUGCCUUUGGGGCCAGCGCUGGCCCUGAAGUGUCUUUUUCAGAGGAAUUGGACUGGAGUGGAUGGGCACAGGGGUGGAGCGCAGGGCAGCCCCAGUCACCACGAUCUGUUUCAUUUGUGUAAAUACGAUGCUGAAUUUUAUGAGGCUGAGUUAAGAGUGGGCACUGACGGGCCCCUAAUAUGUGACAUGACGAUUUGGCAUAGAUUGGGAUGUGAGAGUGGAGAACCUUCCUUUCUCAAGUCUUGAGAUGCCAAUGAAACCAGUUUUCCCUGACUUGGGUUUCACACUUUAUCUACCACCCCGUGGGGUCCUGUGUAGCCUUUGGCCACGCACUGCCACUGCCCAGGCCAAGCAAAAGCAGAGUGUGGUUAAGAGACAAGGGUCUGUGUCAUCAUCCCUUUUGCUUAUGGUAGUGGGCUAACAUAACAGCCCCUUUCUCAAGCAGAGACCUGGCCCCUGGGCCAGCCAGAUGGAAGGGCCUAUCUUAGCCAGCUGGAGCUUAAGCCAAACCUGUUCUGUCCCACCGGCCAGCCAUCUUUGCUCACAUGGAAAUGCAAAUGCCAUUCAAAGGCCACUGGUGCUUUAUUUUUCUAUCUGCUGAGUAAACUGAAAUGAGAUGGGUCCCAACCACCACUGUAAUUUUCAAGCCUAUUUUAUUUGUACCUGUAAAUACUGUACAGCUAAUAUAUAUAUAUAUAUAUGUGUGUGUGUGUGUGUAUGUGUGUUUACGGAGAUACACACACACAUAUGUAUGUGUAUAUAUACACACAUAUAUGUAUGUAUAUAUAUACACACAUAUAUGUAUGUAUAUAUAUAUACACACAUAUAUGUAUGUAUAUAUAUAUACAUACAUAUAUAUGUGCGUAUAUAUAUAUAUACGCACAUAUAUAUACACACGCAUUUGCACAGACACACAGAUAUAUCAAUUCUCAUGAGUGUAUUAUAAACUCUGGUGGGGGCAAGGCUCUGGAAGGCCUAAGGGGCACUUCAGAUGAGAAUGGAGAGGUAGGGAGCCAAGUGCAGCAGGAUCCCUCAGAUCAAUAAAGCAUUACCAGAGAUGCA